AUGGGCCCAAAAAUACUUUUAUUGAAAGUGUUGGGAAAUCUCAGGACUACUGACAGUGUAAUUGAAAAAGAAAACAACAGAGUAUUUGCAUCAUCUUCAAAUAUAAUUACUCCAUUAAGUGGAAAUUAUCCAUCAGCUGCUGGUAGAAGUAUUGAAGGAGCAUCAACAUCAUUUGACGUUGGUGCCACUCCAAAAUUUUCGAAAUAUGGCACGGUAACAGCGACACUAGAAGCAAAGACUGGAAGCCUCGAAAUAUUGAAAGCAUUAAGAUCAUCUAAAAUAUUUGAAGAUGUUUACAGGAAGGCCCUCGUAAAAAUUGUUACAUCUGAACUAGUCGACUAUCAUCAAAGCCAUUAUCCACCGCAAUCGGCUAAAGUAGCUUUGGCAAAAGCAUUAAUAACUGAAUUUCCGCGACUAAAAAAUGAAUAUUCAAAAGAUGGUUGGGAGCAUUUUUACGAUCAAAAUUCUAAAAAUGGUUUCAUAGAAUAUCGUUUGAGUACGAUGAGAACCAAGUUGAGUCCAUCAAAAAAAAAAUACACAAAAGCAGCUCUAAAAAAGUCUGAAGGACUUUCCUCUUCUUCACAGUCUGCUGACUACCAAUUUACUAGUGAAGAAAUAGAUAAAAAGGUUCGGUGUUAG